UUAAAAAAUUGUCUUUGUCUAUGGCCACCGUUUUCGUUCGAGUGUGACUGUAAUUGUGGUUUGAUUAAGUUUUUCUUAAUUUUGUAUUCAAUAAUCUAAAACAAUGUCCGCAAUAAGCCUAUUAAAUCCCAAAGCUGAGUUUGCGAGAGCAGCUCAAGCUUUAGCUGUAAACAUGUCGGCCGCAAAAGGUAUUCAAGAUGUAAUGAAAACUAACCUCGGUCCCAAAGGCACAAUGAAAAUGUUGGUGUCUGGUGCUGGCGACAUAAAGAUUACCAAAGAUGGAAACGUAUUGCUUCACGAGAUGCAGAUCCAGCAUCCAACUGCGUCGCUCAUCGCUCGUGCUUCUACCGCGCAGGAUGACGCGACGGGUGAUGGCACCACCUCCACUGUUCUACUGAUUGGAGAGUUAUUGAAGCAGGCUGAUAUUUACAUUAGUGAAGGUUUGCAUCCAAGAAUCCUUACUGAAGGUUAUGAUGUAGCGCGGAACAAGGCUCUUGAAAUUUUGGAAACUAUGAAAGUUCCAAUUGAGAUCAAGAGGGAGAAUCUACUUGAUGUUGCUCGUACUUCUUUGAAGACCAAGGUUCAUCCGAGUCUAGCUGAUGUGUUAACCGCAGCAUGUGUGGAUGCUGUGCUGGCGAUACGCACGCCAGACAAGCAUGUCGAUCUUCACAUGGUAGAACUCAUGGAGAUGCAACAUAAGACUGCCACUGAGACUACCCUUAUCAAAGGUUUAGUAAUGGACCAUGGUGCCCGUCAUCCUGACAUGCCCAAGCGUGUCGAGAACGCUUACAUACUGACGUGCAAUGUAUCACUUGAGUAUGAAAAAACUGAAGUCAAUUCUGGUUUCUUCUAUAAAUCAGCAGAAGACAGGGAGAAGCUUAUUGCAGCAGAGAGAGAUUUUAUUGAUCAAAGAGUUAAAAAGAUAAUUGCUUUGAAGAAGAAAUUAUGUGAUGGUACCAAUAAAACAUUUGUGGUUAUAAAUCAGAAGGGUGUUGAUCCUCUUUCACUUGAUGCCUUUGCUAAAGAGGGUAUCAUUGCUUUGCGUAGAGCUAAGAGGCGCAACAUGGAACGUCUAGCAUUAGCGUGCGGUGGUACUGCUAUGAAUUCAGUGGAUGAUCUGUCAGAAGAACACCUUGGAUAUGCUGGACUUGUUUACGAACACAUACUAGGAGAAGACAAAUACACCUUUGUCGAAGAGUGUAAGAACCCUCAGUCGGUGACAAUUCUCAUCAAAGGCCCUAAUAAGCACACUCUUACACAGAUCAAAGAUGCUGUACGUGAUGGCCUUAGAGCGAUCAACAAUGCAAUUGAGGAUAAAUGUUUGGUACCCGGUGCUGGAGCUUUUGAGAUUAAAGCUAACAUUGAACUGCAGAAAUACAAGGAUUCUGUUAAAGGAAAAUCUCGUCUCGGUAUCCAAGCAUAUGCUGAAGCUUUACUGGUUAUUCCAAAAACUUUAGCUGUCAAUUCUGGAUAUGAUGCUCAAGAUACUAUUGUAAAACUUCAAGAGGAGUCGCGUUUAAGCCCUGAUCCUAUUGGCUUAGAUCUUAGCACUGGUGAAGCCAUUAAACCAGCUGAUCUGGGGAUUUAUGACAACUACAUUGUGAAGAAGCAGAUCUUGAACUCGUGUUCUGUUAUUGCCAGCAAUCUCCUUCUUGUCGAUGAAAUAAUGAGAGCUGGAAUGUCUAGCCUUAAAGGAUAAUAUAAUUAGUACUGUUGGCAUAAAAAUAAUUAUACUGCCUUAUUUACUUCUAACAUUAUUUCUUUUAGUUAACAAGAGCUUUUUCUUUCAAAACCAGUUGGUGCAAAGUGCAAAACGUAUUAUUGAUGCUUAAUUUUAAUUAAUUAAUAUAAACUAAUAAAUACUUUAAAAUAA